GGACACAGAUCUAAACCAUAUCAGUAGGCUAAUAUAUGUUUAUGGGGAGAAAAAAGUCUGGUUAUCUUCAAGAAGGAUUCUAGAUGGGUUGUUUUCUGAUUUUGCUUUAUUCUAUUAUUAAUUCGUAUUAACUAACAUAAGCCAGAUUCCAAAUUACUAACUAUAAUAACAGCAUUUUAACCAAAAAAAUAUAAAGGAAGAAACUCAAAUACGUUCCCUCAUGUAUAGGAUCCUCCUCAUUGCUACUGCAUAAAUCAUAGACAUUGGGUGUCUGACACCAAUGCCAAACGCUUCACCAGUUACACUUGCUUUGAAAUACUGGGCAAUUUACCAGCUUCUCUGAAAUUUGGUGUUUUACUUCUUCAGCAUACAGAAUACCAUGAAAGUGUAAAUGAAGGAAGAUAGCUUUUCCUCGAGUACAGGGCUUCCCCACUGGUCCUCUAAAAUGAUGAUUGUUUUGCCGGCCAAACCAGCGGUAUCACAGCUUCUGGAGAAGGGGCCAGCACCUUCUUUGUUCUUCAUUGCCUCUCCCAAACCAUUGUACUUUGCUCAUUUUUUAAACUUUGUUUUAGCCUCAUAUUAUCAGUUUAUAGUAAUCAUUAGCCUUUCAAUUAUCUACUGGCCCCUACAUUCCCUGUUUAUUUCUUCAAGAUUGUAUCUCCUCAUUUGUUCUCUUUCCAAUAACAUUCCUGUAGUCCUGGGAGGCGUUUAGACUUCAGGAAUUCCUGUCUGUUCAGUAUUUUCACUCAAGGACUCAAGGUGAAGGACGAAGGACGACUUUCAGGGUCACAGUCCACAUGCCCUACUAGGCGCUCAGGGAUAUAGGAUUCGUUUCCCCAUGGGCAUUUCGGGAAGCGUAGUCAAGGAGCACUGCAGAGUAUCAACGCUUUCCCCUGAACGUUGAGAUUCUGGAUGUUUUUCCCUCAGCAUUCUGAGUGUAGUCCAAACACUCAGAGGAGUCGUGGUCCGUUUGCAGGCGGGUCCCGGGGAUUCUGGGAAAUGUAGUCCCGACGAUCAGUGGAGUCACAGCCACUUCCGCUGGGGGAGGGCUGGGGGGGCGGUGGGUGGUGCGGUUGCCGUCGGGCAUUCCGUGGUAGUUUGAUCCAGUUCCGCGUUUUGCGGACCCUUUCUAAUGUCAGAGACUUAAGCUUGGGGCUUCUCGGGACCUGGCGGUCCGGUUAUGGGAAAAGAUUCCUCGUUGGAGAGCAGAGCCUGAAAAAGGACUGAAUGGAGUGACUUCUUGGUUCCUGAAGGCAAAGCUCCACCUGAUGUUCCAGGCACGAUUCUGCCUUCUCUCAAAUGGCAUAACUCAGGACUCUGCAAAUUCCCAGAAACAGGAGGAAAAAUGACCACAUUCAAGGAGGGACUGACCUUCAAGGACGUGGCUGUGGUCUUCACUGAGGAGGAGCUGGGGCUGCUCAACCCUGUCCAGAGGAAUCUGUACAGAGAUGUGAUGCUGGAGAACUUCAGGAACCUGCUCUCAGUGGGGCAUCACCCCUUCAAACAUGGUGUAUUCCUUUUAGAAGGGGAAAAAAAGCUUGAUAUGAUGAAGAAAGCCACCCAAAGAAAAGAGAAAUCAGCAGACAAGAUCCACAGUGAGAUGGAGGCAGGACCACAUGAAGAACUUUCCUGGGGGCAAAUCUGGAAACAGAUUGCAAGUGAUUUAGUCAAGUAUGAAGACUCUAUGAUAAAUAUUUCUCAGUUCCCCAAACAAGGUGAUUUGUCCUGCCAGGUUAGGGCAGGACUAUAUACAACUCACAUGGAACAGAAGCUUUACCAAUAUAAGGAGGACAAAAAGUCCUUCACUGAUGCCUGCAACUUUGACCUUCAUCAACAGUUACACCCAGGAGAGAAGUCUCAUACAUGUGAUGAGUGUGGAAAAAGCUUCUGUUACAUCUCAGCCCUUCAUAUUCAUCAGAGAGUCCACAUGGGAGAGAAACGCUAUAAGUGUGACUUGUGUGGUAAGGAAUUCAGUCAAAGCUCACAUCUGCAAACUCAUCAGAGAGUCCAUACUGUAGAGAAACCAUUCAAAUGUGUGGAAUGUGGAAAAGGCUUCAGUCGUAGAUCAACACUUACUGUGCAUUGCAAAUUACACACAGGAGAGAAACCUUACAAUUGUGAGGAAUGUGGGAGGGCCUUCAUACAUGCUUCCCAUCUUCAGGAACAUCAGAGAAUCCAUACUGGGGAGAAACCAUUCAAAUGUGAUACAUGUGGUAAGAACUUCCGUCGUAGAUCAGCACUUAAUAAUCAUUGCAUGGUCCACACAGGAGAGAAACCAUACAAAUGUGAGGACUGUGGUAAGUGUUUCACUUGUAGCUCAAACCUUCGUAUCCAUCAAAGGGUCCACACAGGAGAGAAACCUUACAAGUGUGAAGAAUGUGGUAAGUGCUUUAUUCAGCCUUCACAAUUUCAGGCCCAUCGGAGAAUCCACACUGGAGAGAAACCAUAUGUAUGUAAAGUGUGUGGUAAGGGUUUCAUUUACAGUUCAAGUUUUCAGGCCCAUCAGGGAGUCCACACUGGAGAGAAGCCGUAUAAAUGCAAUGAGUGUGGGAAGAGCUUCAGAAUGAAAAUUCAUUAUCAAGUACAUCUGGUGGUCCACACAGGGGAGAAACCCUAUAAAUGUGAGGUAUGUGGAAAAGCCUUCCGUCAGAGUUCAUAUCUUAAAAUCCAUCUGAAAGCACAUAGUGUACAGAAACCUUUUAAGUGUGAGGAGUGUGGACAGGGCUUCAAUCAAAGCUCACGACUUCAGAUUCACCAGCUGAUCCAUACCGGUGAGAAACCGUACAAAUGUGAAGAGUGCGGAAAGGGAUUCAGUCGUAGAGCAGAUCUUAAAAUUCAUUGUAGGAUACACACAGGAGAGAAGCCAUAUAAUUGUGAGGAGUGUGGGAAGGUCUUCAGUCAGGCCUCACAUCUUCUGACCCAUCAGAGAGUUCACAGUGGGGAAAAACCAUUUAAAUGUGAAGAGUGUGGGAAGAGCUUCAGUCGGAGUGCACACCUUCAAGCCCAUCAAAAAGUCCACACUGGAGAAAAGCCAUACAAAUGUGGGGAGUGUGGAAAGGGCUUCAAGUGGAGCUUGAACCUUGACAUGCAUCAGAGGGUGCACACUGGAGAAAAGCCAUAUACAUGUGGGGAGUGUGGGAAGCACUUCAGUCAGGCCUCAAGUCUCCAACUUCAUCAGAGUGUCCACACAGGAGAGAAACCGUACAAAUGUGAUGUGUGUGGUAAAGUCUUCAGUCGGUCUUCACAACUACAGUAUCAUAGGCGAGUUCACACUGGGGAGAAACCUUACAAAUGUGCAAUAUGUGGUAAGAGCUUUAGCUGGCGAUCAAAUCUUGUAAGUCAUCACAAAAUUCAUGCUGCUGGUAUAUUCUAUGAAAAUGAUGAGAGUAAUAAGAAUAUCAGAUAAUUGUCAGAGAAAGGAAGUUUGACAAGGUGAUUAAAACAAAACAAAACUCAUGUACAACCUGAAUGCUUGUAAUCAGAUUUCAUAGGAGACAAAAAUUUUCUUUAUCAGCUUCCUUGAAUUUGAUUUGAUUUGUAACGCUCCACAUUUCCAUCUAGACAUUUUUUUUUUUUUUAACUGAGUCUCAUUCUCUUGCUUAUGCUGGAUGCAGUGGUGCAAUCUCAGCUCACUGCAACUUCCACCUCCUGUUUCCAGCGAUUCUCCUGCCUCAGCCUCCUGAGUGGCUAGGAUUAUAGGCACAUGCCACCACACCCGGGUAAUUUUUGUAUUUUUAGUAGAGACAAGGUUUCACCAUGUUGGCCAGGCUGGUCUUGAACUCCUGACCUCAGGUGAUCCACCUGCCUCCGCCUCCCAAAGUGCUGGGAUUAUAGGCAUGAGCCACCACACCUGGCCUCCAUCUAGAUUUUGAAAUGAUUGCCUUCUAAUUACUGUGGCAUUCUCUUAUUUAAAGUAUUUGUUUUAUUUAAGGCAGUGUUUAAGCAAUAGCUCGACAUAUCCCAGUGGUCCAGUGACCACACAGCUGAGAACCGUUGUUAAGUAGUACAAUAAAGAAUUCUGUAAAAACUUUGACAUUUAUAGGAUGUCACCUAGGAAACAGGACUUAGAAAAUAGGUUUGACCUGGGCUUUAAAAAAGUAUAUUGAUGAAGGUGCCAGAAUUGAUGUCCAUUAGACUGUAAGCUCCAUGGGGGCAGGAACUUUGGGGCUGAAUCUAUACAACCUUAACAUUGACUAGUGAUUGUAGGUGUGCUCAAUACUUGUUUGUUAACUGAAUCAAAAGGAGUAAAUGUACAAUAUUUGAACAUUGUACCCAGAGGAAGAAACCUGCAAAAUAAAAUUAUUUGGGGGAAAUGAA